AUGCUAGCAUACCUAUCCCGAUAUAUCAACAACUUCUCAAGCCAUUGGGAGCCACUACGGCGACUGACAAGACACAACGCGAAAUUCAAAUGGACAAACGAACAGCAAACCGCAUUUGAUGACUUCAAGAAGGCAAUCACGUCUGCGCCAGUACUGAUACCGUACAACCCAGAGCGAGAUAAAUUCGUCAUCUGUGAUGGUAGCCUAACGGGACUGGGAGGAGCACUUUUUCAGAAAACUCUGCAUGGUUACCAACUCGUACACUACGUGAGUCGAACAGUCACCGACACAGAAAGCAGAUAUUCUCACAUAGAACGAGAAACCUCAGCAGCUGAAUUCACGACAUCACACCUACAGAUGUGCCUACUAGGAGUCAAGCAUUUCCAACUCGCAACUGACGAUAAAUCCCUCCUACCACUCUUCAACAACCCUCAAGCCAAGUUGCUACCUAGAAUUGAAAGACUAAUCAUGAAGAUGCAGAAUUUGGACUUUACGAUGAUCGAUUUUUCUGGAGUCGACAAACACGUGAGAGCAGUGACAAUCGCAACUGAAUCCGAACAAGAGACAAUCGCAACUGAAACCGAACAAGACGCAGUGCUACAGCUUAUUAAGCCUGCCAUGCAAACGGGUGUUUGGGACAAGAAAGACCCAAUUCUAAAGCCGUACAUUGAUGUACAACCAGAACUGUACGAAUCAGAAAACGUCAUCCUCCGACUGAACAAGAUCGUGCCUCCAGAAAAUCUAAGAGUCAAAAUCGUACGAAUCGCGCACAAGCAAAGACACAUAGGACUAUCUAAGACCAAAGAAAUGAUCAAACAUAAGUACUGGUGGCCAGGAAUGAACUUGCAGAUCGAAGACGCUGUAAAGCGAUGCUUUGAAUGCCAAAUCUCCACUGCAACGAAGCACACAGAACCAGCAAAGAUGACAAAGUUCCCAAGCAGACUUUGGACAACUGUGGAAUUAGACUUCUGUGGACCAUUUUCAAAUGGUAGAUAUGCACUCGUGGUAACAGAUCAAUGUUUUAGGUAGAAUUUACGACCACGACGUCAUUCGAAGCGACGAGAAAGAAGCUGAAUUGGAAGAAAAUCUUCGCGACACACGGUGUUCCUCAAAACCUCCAGAGCGACAACGGACCACCGUUUAACUCGCAUGCAUUCAGCUACUUCGCACGAGAAUCAGGAUUCCGGCAUAAACGUAUCACACCACGUCACCCGAAAGCACAAGGUCAAGUGGAAGGAUUCAACAAGUUAGUCAACAAGAUUAUGACUAUCGCACGACACGACCGCAACAACCCAGACAAAGCCAUUUACGAUAGGUUGCAAGCAUACCGAAGUACUCCACACCCAGCAACGAAAGUACCACCAUACCAGCUACUCAUGAAUCGAGAGGUAAGGACGAAGCUAGACCACUUCCAACAGAAACGCAUCAAGACGAUAAGAAAGUGCGAGAAAUGAUUCCAAUUUCAAGAGCAAGUGUAAAAAGUACCAUGACAAAAGACACAAGACCAAGACACACAAACUGAAACCAGGUGAUGCUGCUCUGGUAAAACGUGAAAACAAACGCAAGGGACUAACACUGCACGAACCAUACGUCUACGUUGUCACGGAGAUCAAAGGAUCACAGAUGAACGCAAAAAGAAUCAAAGAUGAACGGAAGAUCUGCCGAGACACAAGCAAAUUCAAACAUUUACCGACAACGAAACCUAACGAACAAAUCACACUACGAAAUGAAAACAUACCAAACAUUAGCAUACCAGAUACAACCGAGAUAGAACAGCCCACAGCUACACCAACCAACAUCGCAGAGCCCAACGAUAGCACUGAGAAGCAACAGCAACCAGAGCCUGAAUCACAACCUGAGCAGCAACCGAGAAGAUCAGAACGCUUGAAAAACAAACUAAUUGCGAAAGACAUAUAA